AUGAGUAUUUCGAAAAAGCUGCCAUUUGGAAUUCAUAGCAUACUUGCUGACGAUCCAUCAUCUCUUAUAUCAUCGAAUUCGAUGGGAUGCGAGUCGAAUGCAUUUAUUAUCUUUCCUAUUCCAUCAAUUUAUAAAUCCUUUUCUACUUUUCCUUAUUCUGUUCACGAUCUAUCAAAAAUUUUUAAUGAAACGAGCGAAGAAAAUUCUAAUAGAACAUUGAAUAUCAGCAUCUUGAAUAAAAUAGGAAGUCAAUCACAAAACUACUUUCAUAACAAUGUUACUCAGCAUACACGAAGAGAAAGGUGUUUUAGAAAAAUCGGUCAUCCAUAUCAAAAACGAACAGCACCGAAAAAUAAAAAACCUCGAACUUCAUUCUCCAAGAAGCAGCUUGCAUUGCUGGAAAGACGAUUUAUUAAUCAAAAGUAUUUGGCAUCAACAGAACGAGCGUCGUUGGCAUCUGAAUUAGAUAUGAGUGAUACUCAGGUGAAAACGUGGUUUCAAAAUCGACGAACUAAGUGGAGGCGGCAGGAGGCUGAGGAUCGAGAAUAUGAUGAUAAGAUAAAUGCACAGCUUGCAACAUCAUGUCCGAAGUGUUUUUUUGCAAGGCCAGAUAUUAUUCUGUGA